AUGGUGGCCAGCGAAGAGGAACAGCGAGUGAGUGCCCGGGCAGCAGAGCGAGUUAGAUGCCUUCUUAUCUCCCCCUCCACCCAGGGGAAACACUACUUCUCAGAAUUAUUUGAGUCCAGCAAAGGUGACGAAGAAGAGAUGUUAGUGGGCUUACCAUGUGAAGAAGAUUUAGAGCAUAAUCCUUUUGGCUUACCAUACUCAUCUCAUUAUUACAAACUUUUGAAAGAAAGAGAGGAACUUCCAUUUUGGAGUGAAUAUGCUUCUAUGGAGAGUCUUCUUCGUAAUCAAAUUGUGAUUGUUUCCGGAGAUGCUAAGAGUGGCAAAAGUUCCCAAGGGGUGUCCACUGUUCUUCUGAGCUGCUAUGGAGUCAUCUUAGAUGAAGCUCAUGAAAGAACAGUUGCAACUGAUGUAUUACUUGGAGUUCUUAAAGAUGUUUUCAUAUCAAGAGCAGGACUGAAGUUGCUAAUAGUUCUCUCUCUUCACAUGUCCAGCAAAUGUCAGACUUAUUAUAGUAGCAUCCCCCUCAUAAUAGUGGAAAACAAACACUAUGCAGAAGUUAUGUACACCUGCAGCAUUCAGAAAGACCAUUUCCUUUCUGCUUUAAGAUUGCUCUUUGAGAUACAUCAUACAAAAGAGAGGGACGAUAUUGUGAUCUUUCCAGCAUGUGAGCAAGGAUCUAAUUUAAAUUCUGAUCUUGGAGAAUUAGUCCCUGUUUCUCUAGAUCCCAGCCACAAAGAUAUAUUCAAGCUAAAUGAAGAUACAGAAAAAAAACACUGCAAAAAUUACAGAAGAAAAGUGCUAUUAACCAUGAGCUUUGGAGAGUUUUUUAUUUGGAUUCAUACUGUAACCUUUGCAAUUGAUAUUAGUGUAGAGAGAAGAAAUGUUAGUAAAGUAAGUGAAAUCAAGAUGACAAUAAUGAAGCAUAUCUGGACUCCUGAAAAUCUGAUGCAGGGUUUAGAAGACCUUGAUUAUCUGGCUCAGGAUAAUGAUGGAAACCUUUUUGAAUUUGGAAUAAUUAGGUCAGAGUUUCCUCAGGAUCUACAGCUGUCAAAGUCCAUUUUAGCUUCAUGUGAAUUUGACUGAAUGCUCACCAUUGCUGCUAUGGUAACAGGAAUUCCUAAAUAAUGUUUUAGUACCAUCUAACAUCCAUCCCUUGGAACAGAGGAGGAUACUGUUACCUGCUGGUGAAAAAUCUUCCACUCCACAGGAGAUCACUAUACUCUUAUCAACGUCUACAAGGCCUACAAAGGUACCAGCACAAACUCCACACGCCAAUGUAAAUGUGUACACCACACAAACCCCCCCCUACCAAAUUUGUGGAACUGGCAACCUCAAUAAUAUUUUAGCAAUCUGCCUCCUAGUGAAAGCAAGGAGAUUCUGCAAGCUCAUUUAUCACCUGUUUCAACAAUGAAAGAGGAACACUAAAUAAAACAGUAAGACAAAGA